AUGAUCUUCUCUUUUUACAUCUACACGCGCAGAGGGUCAUGCCUGUACCAAGAGAAGUGGAAUGUUUCCGGCGGCAAAAGUGUGACGUACUCGGACCCAGAGGAGGAAAAGCGUCUGCUCUUUGGCCUGCUCUUCUCGCUCAAGGAAUUUGUAGGGAAGAUCGCUCCCACGACGACAACACAAACGAGCGUAGACCCUUUCGCAGCGGGAGAGUCUGCUGGUUCAGGCGCUAGCACAGUACCAGAAAGUAUGCACCGAUACCAGACCAACUCGUACACGUGUCAUCAGUACGAGACGCCCAGUGGCCUGCGCUUCGUGAUGAUGACGGACAAUCAGGCGGGUGACAUGACACCCACGCUCAGGUAUAUCUACUCACAGAUCUACGUGGAGACGGUAGUAAGCAACCCGCUAAGUGACACCAAGAGCGGCAAACCGAUUACUAGCCAGCUCUUCCGCUCGCAGCUCACGCAGUAUCUCGAGAGUCAACCGUGUUUCAGAUAG